UGCCCGCUCGGGGCCCGCCGUCCCCGGUUCCGCCGCGAUGCCCAAGGCCCGGCGGGCUCGGGGCUCCGGCCCGGCUCCGGCGCUGCCCUUGGCCGAGCAGAUCCUGCAGGACGCGGCCCCGCGGCUCCGGGCGCGGGAGAAGCGCGGCGGCCCCGGCGGGGCGGAGGAGCCGGGCGGGGAUGGCGGCGGCGACGGCUUCGUGGACGCGCGGCUGUCCCGGCGCAUCCUGGAGCAGGCGCGGCGGCAGCAGGAGGAGCUGGAGGCCGAGCACGGCCCCGGAGCGCCCGCGGCCCCCCGGCAGCGCAGCGCGGUGCUGGGUCCCGGCUCGGACUCGGAGGACGAUGAGGAGUGGCCCUCGCUGGAGAAGGCGGCGGCGGCCGCGGCACGGAGCGGGGACUACGGCGGGGAGGUGGAGGUGGACCCCGAGGACGAGAAAGCCAUCGAGAUGUUCAUGAACAAGAACCCGCCGCUGAGGCGCACGCUGGCCGAUAUCAUCAUGGAGAAGAUCACGGAGAAGCAGACGGAGGUGGAGACGGCGCUGUCGGAGCUCUCGGGCUGCCCCAUGCCUCAGCUCGACCCCCGUGUCCUGGAGGUCUACAGGGGUGUCAGGGAGGUGCUGUCCAAGUACAGGAGUGGGAAGCUCCCCAAGGCGUUCAAAAUCAUUCCUGCCUUGUCCAACUGGGAGCAGAUCCUCUACAUCACUGAGCCAGAGACGUGGACAGCUGCUGCCAUGUACCAGGCCACCAGGAUAUUUUCCUCCAACCUGAAGGAGAGGAUGGCCCAGAGGUUCUACAACCUGGUGCUGCUGCCGCGCGUCCGGGACGACAUCGCCGAGUACAAGCGGCUCAACUUCCACCUGUACAUGGCUCUGAAGAAGGCUCUGUUCAAGCCAGCAGCCUGGUUCAAGGGGAUCCUCAUCCCGCUCUGUGAGUCCGGCACCUGCACGCUCAGGGAGGCCAUCAUCAUCGGCAGCAUCCUCAGCAAGUGCUCCAUCCCCGUCCUGCACUCCAGCGCGGCGCUGCUGAAGCUGGCCGAGAUGCAGUACAGCGGCGCCAACAGCAUCUUCCUGCGCCUGCUCAUCGACAAGAAGUACGCGCUGCCCUUCCGCGUGCUCGACGCCCUGGUCUUCCACUUCCUGGCCUUCCGCGCGGAGCGGCGGCUGCUGCCCGUGCUGUGGCACCAGAGCCUGCUGGCCCUGGCGCAGCGCUACAAGGAGGACCUGUCCUCGGAGCAGAAGGAGGCCCUGCUGGAGCUGCUCAAGUUCCACAGCCACCCCCAGAUCUCGCCCGAGAUCCGCCGGGAGCUGAUGAACUCCGGGACCAGGGACGUGGAGGGGGAGCGGCCGGCGGCCAUGGAAUGAGCGGGGAAGGGCUGGAGCCUGGGACGCAGCUGGGAGCCUGGAUCGGGAGCAUCCCUCCUGCAUCCCGCUGCCCUGAGCGGUCCCUGGAACCGCUGUGCCCACAGAGCUGGACUGUGCUGCUGUCACUGCCACCCAGGAGCCCAGUGCCACCCGCACGGGGACACUUUGGCUUGUUCCUGUACCCAGGAGCCCGGUGCCACCCGCACGGGGACACUUUGGCUUGUUCCUGUACCCGGGAGCCCGGUGCCACCCUCACGGGGACGCUUUGGCUUGUUCCUGUACUCAGAAAUAAAACCAGAGCCAUGUUGGUCAGGCUCUGCCCUGCGUGC